AUGAGUAGAAUUUCAAAUCAAUUGAUUGGUGCAGUAGCAACUUGGCAUGAUAUUCAUACAAGCUUAAUGAAAGUUGGCCUUUCAAGUGAUAAUGUAUCAUCGGAUGAAGUGACAAAAGCGCCAUUCAAUUCAUCCAGUUCAGCAAGUAGCAGCUAUUCCACUGAUUCACUCAUCAGCUUUAUCGGCAAUGAUUCAUUGAGUGGAAAUCAAUCGAGCGAUGAAAAUUUGGAUGAUGAAAAAUUAUUCAAUUAUCACUCGCGAUUAUCCAUUUCAAAUAUGGAACUUCGAAAUUCACAGCUGAAAGAAAUAUUUCCCCGAUUAUCGGAACAUUGGAGGUAUUCAUCCAACAAAUUAACUCUUUCACGGACUUGUUUCUCCAUCGAUCAUUCCGAUAAUUUAUUACCAUCUAACACACAAAAGAAACCAAUGCUAAUUCGUGCUGAAACAAUUGAUUUACCUGAUACCUUUGAAAGUUCCGAUAAUUGCGCUGUAAAUGCAAAUUCACGGAUGAAACAUGACGUACGACCUCAUUUACUUGUUUCAUUUUUUGCGAAGCAUUUCGAAAAAAUGCACAAAAGGAUGACGAAAAGACCAUUAGGCUCAUCACUGUCCUUUGACCUCGAUGAACGUCAGCGAAUGAAUGCUUUACAACAUAGACGUGAUUCACAGGAUAAAGGUAUCAUCCCAUUACCUGCUACUGUCAAAUUGCAUGUUCGCUUGAAUUGCUUUCACUGUCUCUUUGACGCAUCGUUACGUGAACGUAAACUUAACAAGCUGGAGAAUGGAAUUCGAUUACGGUCUAGUUCCGAUACUUCAGAUGCACAUUAUACCAAUUCCAGACAACAUAGUUCUCAAAAGUUUAAUACCAAUUGCAAAGCAUCAUAUCACGGCAGCAUUCACAUCACCAAUAAGUAA